AUGGCCCAACAAUCCCGAAUCAUGCACUCUGCAGCUUCAUCUACCAGGGUGCCAACUAUACACUCCACCCCCAACAUCCAGCGCUCAAUCACUUCACACUCCACACGAGAUGAUCCAACAGGCACCAAUCCAGGUACCCCAAGCCACACCUCCAAUACACACCUGAGCGACCAGCAACAAGUCAAAGCUACCCUCACAAACAUCCUCAAUGACGACCGGGUGAAGCGCAACCCGAACGGGAGUCGCUGUGUCCAAAACAUACUCCUAGAAAACGAGCACGAUAUGAGAAAACAACGCAAACAUUCACUCAGCGCUCAUGAUGCAAAAUGA